AAUGUCAAAAUUCAUUCCAACAUUUGUCAAAUCUGGCGCUUUUUAAUUUAUAGAAAGAUACGACCGUGUAUUCAUAUAAAAUGAAUAACUUAUUAUAAAAUGCUUAAUAUAAACGGAAAUAUAUAUUUAUUAAAAACAGUCGUCCGGAAUUCAAUCGUAAGACUUAAAGGAAAUUUCUAUUGAAGUAUACGUACUAGCAGCCGUGCAGAACAUGAUACAUACGAGACGAGAUUAAACGGACACACGCAAACAACGAUGUGGUCAACACUUGAAAACGAAGAAAUAUUUAGGUUACCAAGACCUUUGAAAAAUGACGACAUAAUAAGUAUACGUGGAAACAUGACUGAAAAUAGAGAAAAGUUAUUUUUUAAUUUAAAAAGUGGUAUACCUUCCCAGAACAAUCAAGACUUUGUCCUACAAAUGGGAAUAGAUUUUUCUGAAGACAUUAUUACAUUAGUAACAAAUAAUAGUGGACCAAGAGAUCCAGAUAGUCCAAGGCCUUCAAGAAUACUGAACACUUCGGAUUUCAAGUUAAAAAUACAAAUAAGAAAUUAUGAGGAUUCAAUGCUCAUAGAUCUCGCAAUUGGGGAUUAUUCUCUGGAUCCUUUAGAAGUGGAUAGAAAUUCAUUAGAAAACAUCACAUUUUUCACAUUAAGCAAUGUUAUCAAAGUUGAAGAAUUAACAUUUACUUAUGCAUAAUUUUUUUAUUUUUAUUUUGCGACCAAUAUACUUAGUCGUAGAAUAUGUAUGCGUGUUGUACUCUUUAUGUGUCCAUUUUAAAUCAGUAUUAAUCUGUUAAGAACAGCGAGCAUUUCAAAACUAUUUAUAUUAUAGUCAUAAAAUAUAUUUUUAAGAAUGAACCCACCCAUGUAAUAUUUAAUGCCUAUGUGAAAUGUUAUUAUUUUGUAUUUUUUAUUAAAGUGUACUAAGUUGAUAUGA